GAAACAAGAACAAAAUGUAUUUUCCAAUCAACUUCAUCUUCCUUUUCACUUUAUCCCCUUUCUGGGUUCCUUCAAAAGCAUUGGAAAUAGAUUCAACAGACCCAAUUCCAUCACCAUGGCCGCACCAGUUCCAUGCAACUACCAUCAUGAACUACACAGGAGGUCUCCGGAAAGUGGAUCUCUGGUACGAUUGGCCUAACAAAAGGUACUUGCAUAUAAACCAAUACCAAUUGGGGAAAAAAUUGUACGGAGUUGAAUGGCAGAACGGCACUUCAUUUUACUUCACUUUGGACUCUACCGAGGAGUGCACAAUCAGGCAUUUCCCUGUGGGGAUUUUGAGACCUAAUUGGCUUGAAGGUGCAAAUUAUAUGGGCCAGAGGUAUAAAGAUGGAUUCCUCUGUAAUGUUUGGGAUAAGAUUGAUUUCAUACACUACUAUGAAGAUGUUGCUACCCAGAUACCUGUUUAUUGGCAUUUUUAUGAUGGAUUGAUCGAACAUAUUAUGACUUUUGAGGUGGGGAAAGUGCUGGAGGAUUCUAAGUGGCAAGCCCCCGCUUACUGCUUCAAGGAGAUUGAAAAGGGAAAGAAAACUUUGCAAUAUCAAAAAGUUCAAGACCACUCACUUCUCACUUCGUUUCAUGAGAGAAGAUUUAAAAGUGACAAAUGAACGAAUAUGUAUGACAACAAUAUACCUACUGCUACUUGGAUAUGCCCAUGUUUUGAGUUUGUAAUGCUAAUAGUUUGGGCCAAAUACAUACGCAUCCCUUUUCACUUGCACUUUCAUAU